GUAAAAAAAAUUAGUGUUAUUGAACAAGUAAAUUCUGGAUUGCAUAAAGAAAUAGAAACUAACAGGCUAAAAUUAAAACCUAUUAUAUCAACUAUUUUGUUUUGUGGAACUCACGACCUUCCCUUACGAGGGAAAAAAUCAGAUUCUGGUGUUUUUCACGAUCUUUUGAAUUUUCGUAUUGAAUCUGGCGAUGAGAUAUUGAAAGAUCAUUUUUUAACUAACGUGGGAAAUGCUAAAUAUUCGUCCCAUAGAACUCUAAAUGAAUUAAUCACAUUAUGUGGAAAGAUAUUAAAAGAAGAAAUAGUGUGCGAAGCUAAUGUCGCGAAUGCGUUUUCCAUUAUUUCUGACGAAUCGGCAGAUAUUUCUGGUGUUGAGCAGCUAACAAUUGUAAUUAGAUUUUUAGACAAGCAGUCAAGUCCUAUAAAGAUUCGAGAAGAAUUCCUUGGCUUUUUACCAUUAGAUAAAUUAGACGCAGAAUCAGUUGCUACUAAAAUUUUAUCAUUUAUGGAAGACAGUGGCCUUUGUUCGAGAUAUAUUAUGAUAUUUUUUCCCUUGCGAUAA